AUGCAAUUAGGAGAUGAUUUUGAUUUUGAAAAAACAACGUUGCACAUAAUCAUUAUUUUGGCGGUGACUUCGUGUUUGAUUUAUUAUGUCGAGUCUGGAACUUUGUGGUUUGUUGAACAAUGGAACAUAAAAUCAGAACACGACGCUAACAAAACGAACAAAAUUGAAGCGUUUUCAUUUAAAUCCCGAAAUGGCAUGAAGACAAUUUUAGAUUCAUUAGAAUGUUGUGCGGCGAAUCAUCAGUUGAUCAUUGAUCAUUUCACUUGA